AUGGCAGACCAGGAUCAUACUGGUGUCUCCCGCGGAUAUGCGCCGGGGGUGACCAAGAACGCCAGGUACCCUGUGUGGCGCAAUGUUCAACAGUAUGGCGCCUCGGCAGACGGCUCUGGCGAUCAGACUGGCAGUAUCCAGAACGCCAUUGACGAUGACGGAUCCAAUGGCAGUCGAGAGGGCAAAGGUGUCACCAAGUUCCCUGCGGAAGUGUUCUUGCCCGGUGGUACAUACCAACUGGGAAGCACAUUGAAUCUCCGCGUGGGUACGGUCAUCACGGGUGACCCUCUGAAUCCCGCAGUGCUCAAAGCCUCGGCCAACUUUAAUGGCGACACUAUCGUCAACGGAUACGAUAGCCCCCACGGUGCCCCGGAGACGAGUUUCAUGACUCUCCUGCGCAAUGUGGUAAUUGAUACUACGGCACUGAGCCCCGAUGCGGCCAUCACGGCCUUACAGUGGGGUGUCGCUCAGGGUUCCGGCUUGACCAACGUCAAGAUCAACAUGCCUUACAACUCCAAUGGCCAGGUGGGUAUUAAGCUCACCGGCGGGUCUACGAUCGCCGUGACUGAUGUCCACAUUCACGGUGGUGCCGUGGGUAUUGAAAACUCCAACCAGCAGGUCAACUUCAAGAACAUUUACUUCCAGGGCUGUACACUGGGCUUCAAGGGCGCUGUGGACAACGGUGGCGGUGGCUGGACCGUUUUGCUCCAGGGUGCUACCUUUGAUUCCAACGGCGUUGGCAUUGACAUGACCGCCAACGAGUUGGGCAGCUUGGUUCUCUUGGAUUCCAAGGUGACCAACUCUGGUACCGCCGUCAAGUUCUAUGACUCCUCCAACGAUGGAGGCAAUCGCAACAGCCAGCUGCUAAUUGAGAAUCUCGAGCAUGACACUGAUCACCCCAUUGCUGUGACUAGCAAUGGUGAUGUGAAGCUUGCAGCCACAAGCCAUGUCGACACUUGGGCUUGGGGUAACGUCACUCCUGGAACGUACGAGACCGGUACCACGUUUACCACCUCCCGUCCAGAUGUCCUGUUGUCAAACGGCAAGUAUUUCAUGCGCACUCAGCCCACCUACGCCGAAUAUGCGGCCGACCAAGUCGUCAAUGUCAAGAGCGUCGAUGGUCACAAGGUGUACGGAGAUGGCAGGACCAGUGAUGUUGCUUCGUUGAAUGCCAUUCUCGCCGAUAACGCGGCUAACUGCAAGAUCACUUACUUCCCUUACGGUGUUUAUAUCGUUGACGAUACCCUCAAAAUCCCCGUGGGUUCGCGUAUCGCCGGUGAAGCCUGGGCUGUCAUCUCUGGCAAGGGCAAUGCCUUCAAGGAUUCCUCCAACCCGAAGCCUGUUGUCCAACUUGGACAGCCUGGUGAUGUUGGUGUUAUUGAAAUUCAGGAUAUGCGCUUCGGUGUCAGUGAAAUCCUUCCUGGUGCGAUCAUUGUUGAAGUCAAUGCUGCCGGGGCUAACCCGGGUGAUGUUGCCAUGUGGAACACCAUGGUGCUCAUCGGCGGUACUUACGACACCAGCAUCUCGACCAACUGCCAGAAUGAAGACACUUCGCAGUGCAUGGCGGCCUUCCUCGCUUUGCACCUGACAUCUUCUUCAUCUGCCUAUAUUGAAAAUCUCUGGGUCUGGACCGCCGACCACAACCUUGACAACGGCGGCUCUGCCUACACCGUGAUCUCCACCGGCCGUGGUGUUCUGGUCGAAGCCACCAGGGGCACAUGGUUGACCGGCACUGGAUCGGAACACAACUGGCUGUACAACUAUAACUUCCACGCGGCCGAGAACGUUUUCGCCGGCUUAUUGCAGUCUGAAAGUCCCUACAUGCAGGGUUCAGGCGCGACGCACUCCGCUCCGGCGCCCUGGACUGCCGAAGCUGUCUAUGGUGACCCUGACUUCUCCUGGUGCGGUGGCGGUGAUCAAAAGUGCCGAACCUCACUCGCUACCAACGUUGACGGAGGCAAGAAUGUGUUGCUUUAUAACAGUGCCGCUUGGGCGUUCUUCAACGGACCAUGGUAUGGUGACUACAGUACGCAGUGCUCUGGCUCUUGCCAGACCAAUAUGAUGCGCGUCGCCAACAGUCCCGAGAAUCUGGUCUGGUAUUCCAUCAGUACCAGAAAGACUGAUGUCAUGAUUCUCGAUGGCGAUUCUAACCCCACCGAGUAUAAUCAUCCUGGUAGCUGGGAGGGUCUCAUCCAGGCUUAUCGGCAGUUUGCCUCAUAG